AUGACUCAGAACACGACUGCUUCCGUUUCCCUCCGCCUGCGCACACGGCCAAGCGGCCAAGGAGCGAUGCUGGAGAAGUCUCUCCUCGACUCCGACCCCGAGGUUGCUGAGAUCAUGAAACAUGAGGUCCAGCGCCAGCGCGAGCUCCCCAUGUCUAACAAGUACUCCGAGGGUUAUCCCGGUGCCCGCUACUACGGAGGCAACGAGCACAUCGACGAGAUUGAGCUUCUCUGCCAGAAGCGUGCUCUUGCCGCCUUCAACCUCGACUCCGAGAAGUGGGGUGUCAACGUCCAGUGCCUCAGCGGCAGCCCCGCCAACCUCCAGGUUUACCAGGCCAUCAUGCCCCCUCACGGCCGCCUCAUGGGUCUUGACCUCCCCACGGUGGCCAUCUCAGCCACGGCUACCAGACUCCCGCUAGGAAAGGAGGAGGGACGAAACCAAGAAGUAGGGGAUGAAAGGAACCGCAUGCCGAGACUGCCGGUUGACCUCGAGACCGGUAUCAUCGACUAUGAUACCCUUGCCAAGAACGCGGUCCUCUACCGCCCCAAGGUCCUUGUUGCCGGUACCUCUGCCUACUGCCGUCUGAUCGACUAUGCUCGCAUGCGCGAGAUUGCCGACUCUGUCGGUGCCUACCUCGUCGUCGACAUGGCCCACAUCUCUGGCCUGAUCGCCGCUGGCGUCAUCCCCUCUCCUUUUGAGCACGCCGACAUUGUCACCACCACCACCCACAAGUCUCUUCGUGGACCCCGCGGUGCCAUGAUCUUCUUCCGCAAGGGCGUCCGCUCCACCGAUGCCAAGACCGGCAAGCAGACCCUCUACGACCUUGAGGGCCCCAUCAACUUCUCCGUCUUCCCCGGCCAUCAGGGUGGCCCCCACAACCACACCAUCACCGCCCUCGCUGUUGCCCUGAAGCAGGCCUCCGGCCCUGACUUCAAGGCCUACCAGCAGCAGGUUGUAGACAACGCCAAGGCCCUUGAGAACAAGUUCAAGGCUCUCGGCCACAAGCUCGUCUCCGACGGCACCGACUCCCACAUGGUCCUCGUCGACCUCCGCCAGCACAGCCUCGACGGCGCCCGUGUCGAGGCCGUUCUCGAGCGCAUCAACAUUGCUUGCAACAAGAACUCCAUCCCCGGCGACAAGAGCGCCCUUACCCCCUGCGGUCUCCGUAUCGGUACCCCUGCCAUGACCAGCCGUGGCUUCAACCAGGCCGAUUUCGAGCGCGUUGCCGAGUACAUUGACCAGUCCGUCAAGCUCUGCAAGGAGAUCCAGGCCUCUCUUCCCAAGGAAGCCAACAAGCUCAAGGACUUCAAGGCCAAGGUUGCUAGCAACGAUAACGCCAAGCUCAACGAUCUCCGCAAGGAGAUUGCUGAAUGGAGCUCUUCUUUCCCCCUUCCCGUCGAGGGCUGGAGGCUUGAUGCUGGUCUCUAA